AUAAGACAUCGAAUAUUCUUUGGCUCUUAGGAAAUUCUCAGUGUCUCCAAAGAAGUUGGCGAGUGGAGACUGCGCUCACCACGAAUGCCGCUCUCCGGCGAGAGAGCGGACGGGAAAUUGGGGGAGAAAGAGUGGGGAGAAACCACUUUUUCUUGGCGCCGCGACUUCAGUUUGAAAUUUUCUCUCUGAGAGUCUGAGUUACGCUCUCCGUUACGUUUUGGCUACACUUACGUUUGGGUUGGAUUCAAAUAUUGUCUUAUUGGAGAUUCGUCGCUCGGUCGGUUCGGUUCGGUUUCGGUUCGCAUUCGAGAGUGAGUACUCACUGAGUACUGAGUACUUCAUACUGAGUACUGAGUGAUUUAGUGCGCAGGCGUCGCGUUCGAGAUGCUGGGAUAAUAUAAUGCUGAUGUGAAAAGUUCAUUCCCCAAAAAAGCCACAAAAGUCCGGUCUGAAAAGUGUGCAAAAAAUAAAAUGAAGCCAGAAAGCAAAACAAAAGGAGGAAAAAAGAGAUAAAACUCUGCAAAUACGGGUUUCGUUCUUAUCGCGUUCUCCUCGGUUUUGUAUUUUAUUUUUCUGUUCGCUGUCCAAGUGCUUGACCAUUAAAAGAACCUUUUGCACACACACACGCGCGCGGAGUGCCAGAUCCUUAAGCCUCAACUUGGCGUUAUUUUUAGACGGUUAACGAAAAAAUCUGGGAAAGCCAGACCAAGAAACCGAGAAACCCGCCAGCAGAAAGGCAACAGCAACAGCAGCAGAAAUGGGCACCAAGUCACCCGGUGGUCCACAGCGCUGCCGUCUGAUCUUGCAGCGCUGCCUGGCCAUUCAGCUGACCAAGCCCGGCCACACGCCCGAGGACUUUUGGAUGUACGACUCGGGAUAUAUGAUAUUUCAGAACUUCCUGGCUGCCAAUGCGCAAUGCUGGUGGAAUGGACCUUUGACCGCUGCCACGAGGGCGCUGAAAUACGCAGGACAUGUGGCGCCUGGAAUGCUGCUGGUUACGGCUGAACCCUGUGCCCUGGAGGUCCUGCGAGGAGCCUUUGCCCGAAGUGUCCUGAAACCGCCGGCCACCUAUGUAAUCAGCUCAGUGGGUGACAUUGACGAUUGCAUUGUGACGCCGACGGUUCAGGGGCAGUUCACGCCGCUUCCCGAGGCUCUGUGCGAUGUGAUCAUGGACCUCACCGCCGAGGGCCAGUCGGCCACCAUUGAGCAUGUGCGCGGCAAGCUGGGCGCCCGCUUCCCCCACAUGACCACGCCCGCCACCGAGGUCAUCUACGACUCGCUCGCCCAGCUGAUGCAGGAGCAGAAGAUCUACCAGACCUCCAAGGGAUACUUUAUCUUCACGCCAGAGCGCCGACGCAGUCGAUCGAGGCCGCGCAGCAAUCACCACCAGCUGAACGGGAGCCUGGCUUACAGUCACCUGGCGGAGGAGGAGCAGCAGCACGGCGACGAUGUGGUUCCCCAGGAGGCGCGCACCAUGCUGAUGUCCAAUUCCGAGGCUUUGCACUCGCUGUACGGCGAAAUCUCAACGGAGCGGGACGGCGACCUCACCCACCAGUGCAUCCAAACGAAUCUGGCGGAUGUGAUCUGCGGCGGCAAUCCCAAUGACAAGAUCAUCUAUCCAAGGGCGGCGAAGCGACGCAGUGCCUCGUUUCCGACGCCGCGCAGCUUGGAACGCCGGCACAGUUUGCGGCUCUUUGGCUCGUCGAAGCGCCUGCAACGCUGCGCCUCCACGCGAAGUCUGUCCAAGACCUACGCCCAAACGCUCAAUACCACGGACAGCAGCAGCUCGGAAUACCAAAGCACAGAUUCGUCAUCACCCAAAAAAGGAUCUUUGCUCUCACGCCUGUUCCGACGCAGCGGUCGAGCCAAGCAGCGACAAAUUGAGACCUACUCGGCACAAUUCCCUCCAGCCGAGUGGUUCAACACCAGAGCCGUUCACCUCCACAGCGUGGGCACACAAACAGCCGAGCACGACAUGCCCGUGGCGCACACGCUGUCCAACUCGACGUUCUACGACGGCUCGGAGCUGAGCCAGCGCUCCUCGACGCUGCCCCGUCGCCAUCGACGCCACAUGUCCAGCGAGUCGACGUUUCUGAUUUCCUCCAGGGACUGCUCGCCCAUCCGCCGCCGAUCGCCGGUGUACUGCAGCAGUUCGCUACCUCGUUCCACGCAGUCGAUACCCGCCACGACGGCCAAGUCCCGCCUGAGUCAUCCGGGUCAUGGCGGAUCGGUGACGCCAACGCCGCCGAAGACAGCACAGAAGUCGGUAAUUGGGAAGCACAUCUUCGAAAGCUCGCCAUCGCGAUCCGCCACGCUGAAGGCGACGGCGGCCAAGCGGCACCCGGAAGGACUGAUCAUCAACGGGUGUCAUCAGGACAACAAGGCCACGUACCGGAGUCUGCAGAGCAGCGGUCCCUCGAGCCUGGAGUCCUGCAGGACCGCCUCGAUGCUGGCCAGUGGUCCGUCGAGCAUCGACAGCGGCAAGGUGUCCUUUAGCCAAAAGACCAGCGGCCACUCUAGUCUGGACUCGCAAUGCUCCACCAACACGGCAGUGAUAGCGCCCUCCACCAGUGGGAGUAAUGGCACAGGGAGUUCUCGUUCGAUUCUCCUGCUAAAUGGUUCGCCACGCGGAACACCACGUCAUCAGGCGAUGAGGGCACGCGUAGCCGAGGCCCAGGCGCAGCGGCAGAGGGCCAGCACGCCCAGUCGAAUUCUAGAGGAGAUGAUCUAUCCGGCGGGAAGCAAUGGAGUGCCCACCUCCAGUAGCAACAACUCGAUUACCCUGCAGGUGACCACCUCGAAUGGCAAUCAGAGCAUACCGAGCACCAAGAUCUUUGUGCAAAACUCACCGGUUAGGAGUGUUAUAACCCUGGAGAAUGGCAAGAUGCUGGAGAAUUCGAAUGUGUUUAUCAUCAACAAUGAGACAAUGACGAAUGAGAAGGGCGAGGUGAUCAAGAAGACCCUGUCCAAGCAGACUUCUGCAGCAGCUCCUCCUUCGAUGGCCACGUCGACGCCGGUUAAGCCGUCGGAAACGGAAACGGUUACCGAGCAGCCACUCAGCGAAACGGAGGCCAAUUCCGAGACCUGCGACUCCAUAUCCUUCAUCAGUGAGAGUUCCCCGGAGAACACAUGUACCGUGGAGGCCGAUCAUCCGAUUUACGAUGGUGGGAAGUAUGCCAAGAACACAAAUAACGAUGCCACGAUGAACAACAGCCGGAAGCUGUGCCUCCAGUUGGCCAACAACGGGAUUGCCUACAAGAACAACGUGCUGAAGAAUGAAUCCCAGCCGAAUUCACCGAGUGCCGAGGCUCCGCUCAAGCUGGCGGCGCUGGCCAAGCAGGAUUUUGAGAUAGCCGGCUCGGUGGGCAACCUGCAUUUCUACGAGAAGAGCUCCAAGGAUGUGGGUGCCUCGCAGAGCAACAACAUGAUGAUGAACAGCAGCACGGACCUCAAGAAUCUGUGCUAUGAGUCCGUCUGCCAGCUGCAAAAGUGCUCCAUGAACGGCGACGAACUGGCGCUGGCCCAUUUGCUGCACAAGUCCAGCAAUCCGCUGGGCAGUGAGCCCAAUUUGGCUUUAAAAGAUCUGGCCAAUGAUAAAUCGAUCGAUAAGGAGGCCAUCGACAGGCGACUCAGCUUGACCAAGGAAUCGCUGGAGCAGGGAAUGGGCAAUGUGCUGGCCAAUGGCAACGAGGAGCUGUAUAACUUUCCCAGUCUCACCGACCUGUCCUUCAACUUUACCUCCCUGGCGGCAAGAAAGAUACUGCAGGGUGUGAGCCUCAACAGCAUCGAUACCCUGGUGGAACUCAAUAUGGCAGCGGCGGCGGCGGCGGAGAAGCAGCAGAAGAAGCAGCAGAACAACCAGCCAACCCCGGCAGCUCCAACAGCCUCCGUUUGCACCGACUUUGGCAUGGUCUAG